CGCUACUAUCAUACAUCAUCUCAUUCUGGCCAAUCACUAUUUGCCUCCUCACAUUUGUCUUCUCUGAUUUUACAUACACAAAACAUCUCAGCUGGACCUCUGAGGUACCAGCGCUUUAUUAUAAUUAUAUAUAUUGUUUACUUGGUUUAAUGUAGCCUCCUAAACAAACUUUUGCAUCUGUAAUGUCAUGUCCCAAUAGAUGAAAAUACUUGAAAAGAAGAAAAUAUUGAGCUGAAUUAUCUAUAACAUGACAGCAGGACUGUGUAGAACAGCUGUGCAUGUGUUGCACAAGUUACUCACCACACGUAGUAAGGACUCGUACAUCCUUGUAGGUGAUCCAUUUGUCAUCUGGUUGCAUUCCAUCUCGAAGGGCUUUUUUGAGUGUUAUGUGUUUUGGGGGCCAUAACAGCGUCUGUUCCUCAGCUUUAAACCAGCUCUCUAGAACUACUGCUGUCCCACCAUUUGGGAACUGUAUAACUGACCACAGUACCACCUCUCUACUCAUCUUCGAAGGGCUAGGGAUGAAAUGAGAACUACUCAUAAUAUCUCCUUACAGGUCAUCCCCAUUUCAUUCUUCAAAGCCACUGACUUUGUAUGUGCCAAUGUAUGAUGAUUCACAGGGAUACAUGUAAUAUGGCUGUUUGUGUCUGUACAUUCUGAAAAUUAUAUAUGUAUCCUCUUCUGAUUUAAUAAUAUUCUCUACUAAUGCAAAUCCAUCUCCAACUUCAACACAAUUGUCUCCUUUUUUUGUGGACAAAGUAAACCGAUGAGUGGAGACCUUCCUGUACUGUUGUGAAGAAAUAAACUGUGUGGGGACUGGACCAUCAAUGUGGAUGUAAAGCAACUUUGGAUAAUCUCUACAACAUAUGGAUCCAACAUGAACCAGUCUGCUGCAGGAAGUUGUGUUUCUAGUGAGUCAGGGAGCAGAUCCUGAUGAGAUUGGCCUUAUGAACAUCGAUGAGCAGCUACCUGUCAUAGAAUACCCCCAGCCUGGACUGGAUGUCAUACAGGAGCUGACCUCCCCUCGCUUGAUAAAAAGCCAUCUUCCCUAUCGAUUUCUCCCUACAGCUAUGCACAAUGGAGAGGCCAAGGUUAUCUACAUGGCCAGGAACCCUAAAGACCUGGUGGUGUCCUACUAUCAGUUCCACCGCUCUCUCAGGACCAUGAGCUACCGUGGAACUUUUCAGGAAUUUUGUCGGCGCUUCAUGAAUGAUAAAUUGGCUUACGGUUCCUGGUUUGAACAUGUUCAGGAAUUUUGGGAGCAUCGUUUGGACUCCAAUGUCCUCUUCCUGAAAUAUGAAGACAUGUUCAAGGACCUGGGGACGAUGGUGGAGCAUCUGGCCCAGUUCCUCGGUGUUUCCUGUGAUAAAACUCAGCUGGAAAUUCUGGUGGAAAACUGCAACCAACUGAUUGAGCAGUGCUGCAAAUCAGAGGCGCUGUCUAUCUCUAGCUGUCGUGUAGGUGUGUGGAGGGACGUCUUCACUGUGUCCAUGAAUGAGACAUUUGAUGCUUAUUACAGACAGAAGAUGGUCAAAUCUGACCUAAGCUUUGACUUCUGCCUGUGAGGACAGCUAUACUUCUCUCACCAAAGACUCUCACUCCCCUGAUACAACUGAUCUCUUCAAGUAUCUUGAAGAAGAUAUCUUGAAGAAAUUCAUGCUUCUGCAUCUCCAUCAGCUCAAUCAGUCUGAAGUUUAACUGUCUGAGAGUAGAUUGACCUUCUAAAAAGUUUCCACAGAAAUCACACUUGGAACCAAACAGAAAUCACUGUGUAGCUUCUAAAAUAUCAAUGAUCAGUUCCAAAAUUCACUAUAUUUGUUGAGGCUGCUAUGUGCAUUUGGGUUACUGUGGAAAGAAGCAGGUUCUGCAAACCACACAGAAAGUAAGAAGUAUUUGGACCAUGCAGUAUUUACAUCCACUUUCUUUCCACUUGGAAGCAGAUAGUUUCUAACUUCCAGCUGGACUCUGCCCUUGUUCCAAAGACUGUGUGGUUUCUUAAGACAAAUCACAUCCUGUUCAAUAUACAUAAAAAUGGUGUCAGGUCUGCAAUAUUUCUAAUGUUAUUGCUUCUUUAAUGUACACGUAUGAAUGUAUUGUACUGUUACAUUCACCAGAUGUGACUCAACAUUCACUGACACCUCAGGAAUUUGACAGUUGUGAGCUUUCUUCUGAGUUGACUCGGUCUCCAUUCCAAUUCUCCUGCCUUUAUCUUCUUUCUGUAAACGUUAGGUGAACUGUGCUGUCCAAACUAAUUUCCACUGCUUAGAGUCUAGCACAUAACAACUCAGUAUAUAUUUAACAGAAAUGAAGGACAUUUGUUGGGUUUAUUGUUUAUUUUGAAACAAUGUUUCUUGGCAAUAGAUCUUAAACCACUGAAAAGCCUUCGUCAUUUCUCUUGUGCAGGAGAGCUGAGACUUUGGAUGGCUGAACAGAUGAUCUGUCAAUAUUUGGUGUCAUUUAUUGAAUUGACUGACUGUUGAGUAAGAGACAAAAUAUUUUGGUUAUCUAACAAUUUAUCAAACAAGGGCCUGCUGCUCAAACUACAAACAACUGUCUGGGAGUUGUUUGUAGUUACAAAUGUGCCACAAUACAACCAACAAACUGGCUCUCCAACAGUACAUGAUUUAUUGCCAAGAAGCAUUUUAGCAGCAAAGACCAACCAACAAACAAUUCUUUAUUGUUUUGUCUUAAGUUGAGACUGAGAUGAUUGUGGGUGAGGGUGUUUUUAUAGAAAUUCUCAUGAGCAACCACUUUCCCAUUAUAAACUCCUUUUGACCACCCCACUACUGUAUACUUUUGUUAGCACUGGGAAGAUCUGUGAAGUAAAUACGAACAUCGGAACCACCACCUUCUGAAUUCUUGAUGCUGUGACAGAAAGCAGUGCUUUACGAAAGUAUUCACAUUACCUGAACCUCUUCACAUUUUGUCAUGUUGCAACCACAAGCUACAAUUAUCUUAACUGACUCUUGUUAAACCAGGUAUUUUGUGAAGGCCUCUGAGGUUUGCUACAGAGCAUUAGUGAACAAAACAGUAUCAGUUAGACCAAGGACCACUGCAGACAGGUCAGAAGUUUAAAGUAGGGUUACAUUCUAAAAAUUUGUGCAUCUCUGUUCAGUUCAUCAUUUGAACAUGGAAAGGAUGAACACACACAAAUAAUUGGCCAUCCACC